AAGCACUACAUUAUCCAGAAAUAUGUUCACCACUGAAAAGCUGACGUGUGGUUUACAGUUUCGGUAUCGCUGCAAGUUACCGGUAACUGUUCGCCUGUGAAUUAUUUUUGUAGAUUUUUCGCCACAUCUUAUGGUUCGCAAGUGUACAGCUGUAUCAGAUAUUCGGGAUGGCAGGAGAAAUGUCAAUACUGGGAUCAGCUAUUCUAGCGCUUCUCCUCGCCGGUUACUUUGGUCAGCAGUACCUGCCUCCCCCAAAGCCCAAGGUGAUCGGUUUGGACUUGGGGACCACGUUCUGCUCCGUGGGGGUUUUCCACGCAGGGACCGGCGACGUGGAGGUCAUCGGCGACCAGGAGGGCCGGAAGAGCAUUCCCAGUGUGGUAUCGUUCACCGCCACAGACAUCCACGCAGGCUACGAGGGGCAGGAGCUGGCGGACAGCAAUCCCCACAACACCAUUUAUGAUGCCAAGCGCUUCAUUGGGAAAAUUUUUGAGCCCGAGGGCUUGGAAGAAGAAAGUUCCCGUUAUCAAUUCAAGGUGUUGUACAACAACGGAAGUGCAGAAUUUUUAGUGUCGACCAAUCGCACGUUCACAGUGAGCCCAGAGUUCAUCAGUUUCCAGCUCUUGCGGAAGAUGAAGAAGAUGGCAGAGAAACACCUCGGUGUGGUCGUUGAGAAGGCAGUCAUCUCUGUGCCAGCAGAGUUUGACGAGCGGCAAAGGAACUACACCAUCAAGGCUGCCCGUUUGGCUGGGCUGGAGAUCCUGCGGGUGAUCAAUGAGCCGACUGCAGCAGCCAUGGCAUAUGGUCUGCACAAGGUGGACGUGUCUAACGUGCUGGUGGUGGACCUGGGGGGAGGGACGCUGGAUGUAUCUUUGCUGAACAAGCAAGGGGGGAUGUUUCUCACCAGGGCCAUGGCAGGCAACAACAAGCUUGGGGGACAGGACUUCAGUCAGAGGCUGUUGCGACAUACCAUGGAGAGGAUCCAGCAGGAGCACGGCACUCCACCCACGAGAAAAGAGGACAUCCACCGCUUACGGCAAGCUGUGGAGGCUGCCAAGCUCAACCUCACCUUCGAGCCAAGCGUCAUGCUGAGGAUCCCCUUGCACCUGGAGACCGGGGAGGACCCGGAACCCAGCAAGCCGGUGGUAUUUGAGGAGCGAAUUACCAGGGAGCUUUUUGAGGAGCUCAACGCUGACCUUUUCCAGAAGAUACUUGUGCCAGUGGAGAGGGUGUUGGCAGAGGGUCAUCUCGACAAGGAGGAGGUGGAUGAGAUAGUGCUGGUUGGAGGCUCGACCCGCAUCCCCCGUGUUCGGCAGCUCAUCAGCGAGUACUUCAGCAAGGACCCCAAUACCUCUGUGGACCCAGACCUGGCAGUGGUCACAGGCGUGGCCAUCCAGGCUGGAAUUAUGGGAGGCUCUUGGCCUUUGCAAGUCAGCGCCAUUGAGGUCCCGAACAAGCACCUGCGCAAGACGAACUUCAGCUGAUUCCCCCCCCAAAUGAGCAAGAGUUUUCAUCUGAUCGUCUGGCCACAUGACUGAGUUAUUAAAUGGUGUCUCAUAUCAUCUCGUACCUUUCAUAAAACAGGUGUAAUGACAAGCAAGAGCUUUGCAGUCAGCCUGAAGUUACUUAAGUAAAUGUAGAGGAAUAUAUAUUUUUCUUACCCCAUUUAAGACUUUCAGACUCCCUUUGCUGAAUGUGAGACAAUAUCGAGUGUCUCUGUACGUACAC